AAACGCCGCAUGAUCAAAUAUUGGGGUACCCAACCAAGCAGGACUCUUCUUGAAUUCAUUUGUCGUCCAAAGUCCAAACUUUCAAUUUUUAGCUCUUCUUCCACAUCCGCCAUAUUUGUUUUUCCAUUCUCCGCGCAUCCAUCUCCUGUCUUCGCUCCUUCAACCGACCUUAUCAAAUAUUCUUAAAACCGAAAUCAGGCUUGGAUUCAAUCACCAGGCAUAAUGGAUUUUUCUGGGAUGUACUCAACAAAAGGUGAUCCGUUGCGCAUUCAAUGUAGAUCGUCACAUGGAAGAAAUCACCAUAAUGACUACAACACCUCACUUGCUGCUGAUUCCUUCAACACCACAAAGUACUUCAGUGUCAUCUUCCCACAUCAAGGAGAUCUUGCUCUUCAAAGCAACUUGAAUGAAAAAAUUAGAGAUUAUAGCUACAAUUACAAUGAUAGCUCUGUGAAACCUGUGUUUGAGCCUUCUUCUAAGCGAAUUAAGUGUUCAUCUCCUUCACGAGGGAGGUACCAUCAGCAACAACACCAUGCACAUAAUACUUUUCAAUCGAGACAACCAUUCCUAAAUAGCAUUGUGCAUCAAAGGAAUCAGGGUGUUUAUGACACUGCCACCACAAUAUGCAAUGAGAGUUCUACGAUUUCAUUUUCCAAUGCUAGUUAUAAUGACAAGCCUUCUUCUAACGGGUAUGAAUCUAAUACCCACAAGCGUAGCCGAUCAGAAUUUGAAGACAGUGACAUUGAGGUGGUGUUUAUGUCCAGAGAGGAAAUUGAUAGGUGCUCUCCGUCCAGGAAAGAUGGUAUUGAUGCUUUGCAUGAAAUGCAAUUACGAUAUUCAUACUGUGCUUUCCUGCAGACGCUUGGAACCCGACUAGAACUGCCACACACCACUAUUGGGACUGCCAUGGUUCUGUGUCACCGAUUCUUUGUUCAUAGGUCUCAUGCUAGUCAUGAUAGAUUUUUGGUGUCCACUGCUGCUCUCUUCUUGGCUGCCAAAUCAGAAGAAACGCCAUGCUCUCUCAACACCGUGCUGAGAUCAGCAGCUGAAAUCUUUCAUAAGCAGGACUUUUCUUAUUUAUCAUAUAUACUUCCCAUUGACUGGUUUGAGCAAUACCGCGAACGGGUUAUAGAGGCUGAGCAAUUGAUCUUGACAACUUUAAAUUUUGAGCUCAACGUACAGCACCCAUACAGUUCUCUUACGUGCACUCUUGAGAAAUUAGGGUUUUCCCGAUCAGUUUUGGUGAAUUUGGCAAUGAACUUGGUCAGCGAAGGGGUCUUUAGAAGGAUUAGCAUGCUCGCUUGUAUGAUAUUCUUAGCUGGCGGUUGAUAUGCUGUUCAUCAAUUGUUUUGUUUUUCAUCUGAAGUUAAAAUUUUGGAUGCUUUUCACGUAACACGUAAAUAGCAAUUCAUUGGCCAUAGAAGAUAAGUCAGUGAUGCUCCUGGAGCAGAUUUGCCAUGACAGUGUGUUUUUGGUCACGUGGAAGAAACUUACUGACUUACUGAGUGCUCUUGCACUUCUUUCCACCUGACCUAUUUUUUGGUCUUCACAUAGGGCACCGACAGAUAGGGAAGUGAACCUGAAAAGGUGUUUGCUGAGUAAAUUUUUGGGGCACUUAGCAGAAGCAUAUAAAUGCCCAAUAAAGCAAAGAGUGUAUCUCCAUGAUAUUUAUAAAUUAUACUUUCAGUACUAAAUAUUUUCCUCAAGGUCAUACGUAAUCCAUAGUACACCUGCAAUUUACAAACUAUGUGAAACACUAUUUUUAUCUUUUUCACGUAGAGGCUGGUUCUCUGGUUUGACUUUUGAACCCAUGACUUUAACUGGAAUGCUUAUACACUUGGCCGCUGAAUUAGGCCCAAGGUUUUGUACCACUAUAAAAAACAAGAGUAAGCUAUUAAGUCCAUUAUUAUACGUAGAAUUUUUUUAAUUUUCAUAUGUUUAUUCAUCCCUUUUUGGAUUUUUUCCCCACAAUUUUCAUUUCCCUAGAGUUUUAUUACAAAAAAGAGUUCGUGUAAAAUCAAUUUGUUGUACUUAUCCUGUUAGUGGUUACCAGGUUGAUAACAGUUAAGUUAAGCAAUUGCUGUACAAGACAACCCUAAAUGUGAUAUAUACGGUAUUUUGGUAGAUAACAUUGGGGUUCAUACGUGGUUGUAAUGGGUGCAUACAGACCUGACACCGUGAGGUGUCAUGAACAUUUCAGAAGUUGUUUCAUACUUAUGCCUUUCAAUAAUCCUCUCUCUAUCACUGAUCGUAGUCUUGUAGAAUGUACUUCGGUAGCCAGAUCACACCUUGUAUUUCAUCAUUAGUUGGACAUUAUCAGUUCCUGCUUAUGCAAUAGUGUGCUGUAUUGCCCACCAAAAUAGCAAAAAGAAAUUCAUUCUCAUUGUUCUAUUAUUGCCUGUCCCAAAUGGCCAAAAAGAGUCAUGUUUCAUCUAUGUACAACUUUUUAAUAUGGUAAAGUACAACUCUUAGAUACCACUUGUCCUAGUUAUAUUGUUAUAUUUUUUAAUUUUUUAUCGGGUAUAAUUGAAUUUGUAUAUCUUACAUGUUUUUUAAUUUAAGUGCGGUGGAUUGGUCAUUUGGAUGAGUGAUGCACUUGUUAGACGAGUUGAGAGGUGAGGAGAAGAGGGAGAGGAAGACCCAAACAGACGUGGAUUAGAGGAAUCAGAGUUGACAUACUUUUUCUUGGCUUUGGAGAGAGCAAAGUAGUGAGCGCAUAUUCGUGUGGAGGAUUGAUCUCUUUUCUCUCUUCCCCCCCUUCUAUUAUCUUUUUAUCUUCUUUAUCUUUCUUAUGUUCCUAUAUUAUUUUUAUCUUUUAUUUUUCUUAUUCAUCUUUAUCUUAUCCUUUUCCAUCAUUUGUAAUGGAGCCAAAGAUUCAUUAUUUUUUGGCUUGAGAAUAUGACGGAAUAAAACAAAAUGGCUCACCAAACUGUCUGCGCUUCUUUGUUAUGAAGCAGCAGUCAGUCCAUGCAACUUUGGACACGUUUUUCAUUAUGGGUCAUCCGGAAACAGUCUCUCUGUACUUUAGUACAGGGGUAAGACUGCGUACCUCCGACCCCCCUUACCCCACUGUAGGUGGGAGCCUUUGCGGCACUGGGGUAAAUGAUGAUUGAUUGAUUGAUCUUUAUCUUAUCCUUUUUAAGCUUGAUUGUUGUUGUAUCUUUCAUACGUUCUUAUGUUAUUUUUAUUUUCUUUCUUUCUUAUGUUCUUUUAUCUUAUAUUUAUCUUUAUCUUUAACUUAUUCUUUUUAUCUCACCUUAUUGUUUCUCUUUUCUUAUCUUUCUUUUCUUUUUGGCUCCGAUAUCAUGGAUCUUUUGGUAAUAAGGCUUGAAUGUUGUUGUCGUUGUACUAAUGAAAUAGCUUCUGUUGUUUAAAAUGGGGACAAAGUAGACUUUUUAUGGAAUGGAGGGAGUGUUUUACAACAUUGUCAAAUCAUUCUCUUUGCAUUUUCUGGAAAUCUAUUCCACUUUUCCCUGCUCCUUAAUCAUUUUUGCCUUUGUUUAAGUAGAAGUCAUUCCUAAGUUUGUUUGAAUUAUGUUUUGUCUGCCUACUGAGUAUGCUAUAUUGGCAGUUUUUGGGGGUGCAAGGGAUGAGGGGAAUGACAUUUUUUAUUGUUUGGGGAGGCGUUGGUGCACACUGUACAGUCUCAUAAGUUAUGUAAUUUUAUGGAGCAUGUAUGUGUAUUCCAUUAGUAUCAUGCAUUAGGUGGCUGAAUCUGAAACCGCUACCUCAUUAAUGGCCGGUCCAUUUUUGUGAGAGGGUACAAUCCUACUCAGCCACCUCAGCAGCGUGUUUCUCACAUGCUUUUUAAUUCUUUUUGGUUGUAACUAGCAAGUCAUUGUUAAAUGCAAAAGCUAUUUUAUGUGGUGUUUGCAUAGGGAAUGUGCCUCAGACUCUCUGUGCUUCCAUUCGGGGAAUGUGCAUCAGACCCUAUGUGCUUCCAUUCCUCCAAUGUUGUAGGUUUGUGCUUCACCAUAUGAUGUUGAGGCCAAGUCUUUUAUGACCUGAAGCAGGGUUGUUAGAUGGUUGAAUAUCAUGCCAUUAACAGAUGUUUUCCUCUAUCUUUAAGAAGGAAAGAAAGAUGGCGCCCUUGGACUUGGUAUAUAAGGAUAUUUUUUAUACAUAGUUUAUGUAUUAAAAAAAGUAAAUGAUAAGAAGUUUAUCAGGUAUAUGAAUCAUGCUUUACUUUUGUACUAAUGAACAUCAGUUGGUUAAGUUAAAUUAUGAUACCAUAUAUGGUUUUGCAUAAUUAGUUGCCUGGUGGACUUCACUUUUAUUUCUAGAGUACUAGUACUACAAGAUUGUCUUAGAAUGAAGCUCUUGAUGUUUUCAAAUUGAGGGAUUCCCUUUUCAUGACUAGAAGCUGGUAUUGUCAGUGAGUGGCAUCUUAUUAGCCCUUACAUCUGAAAAGUAUAUAUUUCUGGGGGGUCAUUAUACACAUACCUGAGGCAGCAGAGCUGGGAACUGGGGAGGUUGUGCUCUCUAUGUAGAUGCUUAUAAACAUGUUUGUGCUAUUACUCUUGGUGCACUCUAUAUCAACAAUCUGCAGAAGGUUCUUGGAUUUAUCAAUCCCCCAUUGCUGCUCUGUAAUUAGUUGGCUUAGAAGUUCCCUUUGGCUUCAGUUCAAACCGAAACAGAUUGCUGCUGGUGCUGCAUACCUUGCUGCUAAGUUUUUGAACAUGAAUAUGGCUUCUAAUCACACCAUCUGGCACGAGUUCCAAACCCCGCCUCCUGUACUUCGAGAUGUUGCACAACAAUUGAUGGAGCUCUUCUAGAGUGCUGAAAGGAGUCACAUAACUAGACUAUACUUCUGCUGCACACUUGGUUCUUCUUCUGCUACAACAGUAAUUCUUCUUGGCUUCUAAAGUACGGAGUAUAAACUACUACUACAGCAGCAGUGAGCUCAGCCUUGCUGGUUGUGUUAACUUGUUUUGUAUAGUCCCAUGUGUAAUGCCAGUGCCACUUUGAUGUGUUGUAGGAGUAAUUCUAUGGAGGCAUAAAAAUUACGUUAUCAUUGAAUGAUAAUGCAAUUCAAUGAUAGCGUCUACCUCUUAAAUGUUGCCAUACAGGAAUGUUUCCUUGCGAUUUGCAGUUUUAAUGCCUUUGUAGAAUUACUCGUUGUAAAUGAACUACCACAGCGGAGUUGUUGGAAUUGGAUUUAGCCUUAUUUUUUAAAUUUAUUUUUUUGUGUUCGACUUGAAUUUGGAUGUGCCAUUUAAAUACUGAUGUGCCAUUACU